AUGGGCCUGUUCGAGUCCGUUGCGGCAACUGAGUGGGUGUUCCAUUUUUUCAGCGACGAACCUCCGGGGUGCUCUGUGAACGAUGCUUGGAUUGCUUCGCUUGUCAAAUCGGGUGACUUCUUGGCACAGCAAAGCACAGGACGGCUGGUCAUGGUGGUGGCCGCUGCUCGUUUUGCCUGCCUCGUUUGGGAAGUCACUGUGCAGCACGAUCAGAACGGCGAGUCGUGUUUCCUGUGCAAGCCAGAUGGGAACGCUGUUCAUUGGCAGUUUCUUGUUGACGUGCAGGAUUGGCUGUUGGUACCUGCCACGCCGAUUCUGCUGAGCGACAAGGGGCCAAUCGCAUGGAAACGAUCGGCCGAUGCCAUGUCUUUGCCUCAAGCUCUAUGUUUGCAAGGCUGUGCCAUCAACAAGGAGCAGUUGCUGCAGCUGAUCAAGCAACUGAAUGGGACUCCCCCCAAAGGGGCCAGUAAGCGAAGACUGCAGGAGUUUCUCAUCGAGCACGUCCUUUCGCCGGCCGAGCAAGCGGUGGCUUUGCAGCAAUUUCAGACUGCAACUUCGGCAGAGUGGGAGGAUGAGGUCGACAGCCAAUUUUCCGAGAUCAUCAGCGAGCUCGAUAAAGAUGAAGCCAACUCCGGAGACAUCAAGGAGUAUGUCAACAUCAAGAAGAAGGGCCAGCUGCAGCUGAAAAGGAAAUUCAAAGCUGCAGACCAGGAGCUAAAGGAGCUCAAAAAACAAGCUCGCUCUCGAGGGCGAGGAAAAGGCCGUGGAAAGGGCAGUGGCAAGGGAGCGAAGGCAAAAGCAAAGGCAAAAGCAAAGGACAAGGGUCUUAGCUUCUUCGAAAGGUCUUUGCGACGACAACGCAACAAGGCUGCUGGUGCUGGAGCAGCUCCGGCAGAGAAUGCAGGGCCGGCAGAGAUCCAUGCUGAGCCUUCUCGAGAGGAGGUUGUUGGGCCUCCAUUGUUGGAUCAGGCCAAGCCCUCGUCGAGCUCCCGUCCUGAAGGGACUGGCGAGCCCGCCGCAUCGUCGAGCUCUCGUGCUGCUGGGCCUGGCGAACUCGAGCCACCCGCACAGGUUCUUCCUGGCCUUGCACAGCCGGCGGAAAGAGCUAGCUUUAUCAAAGUCAACAAAAGCCCCGACGAGCUCUUGGGCAGGUUGGCGCCACCACGGUGCACAUUCGGACUGAAUCAUCAGGAUCGACGUUGGACAUCGCAGUUCAAGUUCGACACCUCCCACGCCCCUUAUCCUUACAGCCAGAGGACCAAGAGUCGUUCCUUUGCAAAGGAGUGCAGUUGGCAGGAGGCUUUGAGGGAGGUGCACGCAUGGAAUUGGAGGAAGUGGUCUCACUUGAAAAAUGAGGCACCGUUGGAAGCAGGUGAUUCCGAACAGAUUCCCGGCCAAAUGCCUGCCGAUGUCAUGCAAGACUUGCAGGUGGUGGUGGACAAAUUGCCAGAGAUGAAGAAGUACGGCAGAAAGUAG